AAAUACUGAAAAAAUAUGAAGGGUCAAAGGGAGAGUGAAAGUGAAAGUGAAAGAAAGGAUGAGAAUAACUCGGCAACCCAUAUAGUUAAACGCAGCUAGAAAUAGGAGAAGAGGCAUUCAAAGCUGAACAUCCCCAUCAUUGCCUUUAACACCACUUUGUUUUCAGAGCUGCAGCUUUGAGCCAUGGGAAAAAGUUCGUCCAAACCUGAGCCCCCCACAUCUCCUCCGACUUUUGAUGAACCAUGGAGGAAAAUACAAUGGGGCAACAAAGAGAGAUAUCUGCUGGAAGUGAAGAAUUAUCAACCCCAUAACAAUGAGCUCCAACAUCUGAGAAUUCUUCUUCAUGGACCAGCUGGUGCUGGAAAGUCCAGUUUCAUCAACUCAGUCGACAGUGUUUUACAAGGCAGAAUGGCUGGUCGAGCUUUGACAGACGCAACCUCUAAGGAGAGCUUCACCAAAACAUACAUAACUUACAAGAUCCAAAAAGAAGAACCAGGGACCGUUUACCCUUUUGUCUUCACUGACAUCAUGGGCCUUGAGAAGGACUCAAACAGAGGGGUUGGAGUACAGGACAUCAUACUGGCUAUGAAGGGACACAUAAAAGAUGGUUACAAAUUCAAUCCUGUUACUCCAUUAUCUGAGGCCGAUCAGAACUACAACAGCUACCCCAGUUUAAGUGACAAAUUUCAUGUUCUGGUUUGUGUGAUUGCCGCUGACACAUUUAGUAUACUGGAUGAAGAAACAAUGAAAAAGAUGAGGGAGGUCAGACUUGCUGCCAGUGACAUGGGGAUUCCCCAACUGGCUAUUCUCACCAAAAUUGAUGAAGCCUGUCCUGAAGUCAAAAAAAAUAUAAGGGACGUGUAUAAGAGCAAGUACCUGAAGGAACUGAUGGAGAAAUUGAAUGUGAAGCUGGGUGUUCCACUGAACUGCAUCUUUUCUGUGAAGAACUACCACAAGGAAAUUGACAUUGAUGAUGACAUUGAUGCGCUGAUUCUGAGCUCACUGAGACAGAUGAUUAACUAUGGAGAAGACUUUGUCAAUAGCCUGUAGAUCUACAGUGCUAAAGCAAAUUUAGUUUAUCACAGAAAGAAAAAUGGCAUUUCAUAAUAUUCAAGUCGUUUAAUUUCAUGAUUUGAAAUGUACUUUCAAACAGUUAUGUGCAUGAUAAUGACACAAAAUGGGCAAUUUGUCCUUUUGUUUUUCAUAUACAAGCAUGUAAUGUAAAGUAGCCAGUAUUGUAUCUACUAGAAGUUAUCAUAGAACCACGUUACCUUGCUGAAUUAGAGCAGCAGUACCACUCUGUGCAUUUUGAGCUUUUGCAGUAUUAUGUUGUUUGCUAUUCUUUUUUGAUUCAGGUGGUCAUUUGUGAUGUUGUAGUUUCCCAGUAAUCAUGAAUCAUUUUCAUUGACCAAAUGUGGAAAACUUUGCUUUUUGCAAAAAGCACUUUACUUGCGGGAACGUAAAGUUUCCUUAUUGAGAUAUUUGUCUGUCAUUGAGCCUGGAAAUAUUUCAGUGAGAGUUUGUGUACAAUAUACUGUGCAAAUAAUCUUACGCUGUUAGCUUGUUGUGACGUCAUCACGUGAUCUAGUCAACAACUCAGCUGUUGUGAUGGUGCCUUCACAACCAUCGGAAAUUUUGGUAUUCCAAGGCAACCUGGAUAGAAAAAAAAAACAGCUCAAAGGCUUUUGAUUGUUUAUCACCUCCCAGCUGAGGGGAUUUGCAUGUCAUUGUCACACUAUGUAUAAUAAUUGAUAUAUUCCUAAAUCUACAAAUUAUAUAAAUAAACUAUGUAUCCAUGGCA